GUUUGUGGAGUGCACAUCGCCUUGUGAAAAUGGACAGCUCAAGUGAGUUUUCCAGUGAAGGUGAUCCAUACCAUGACUCCGAUAAUUAUGAUAUGGACCCAGAUUAUGUAUUGGAAAGUGAGAAUGGCAACAAAAAUGGCAGAAAGUGUUUUAUUAAAUCAUUAAGUAAUGCCUAUUCUGUUACUGACCAACAUGCUUUGAACGACGAUAAGGAACAAGAUGAAGAAAUAAAUAAAGCUAGUACGUCAGGUAUAAAUCAGACACCUAUCUCAAAGCAUGUUACUGCAGGCGACAACUCAAGCAGCUCAACUGAGGAAGGUAAGUGGUCUAGUAUUGUUCACUAG